AUGUUGGGUAUGGCCGAGUAUUUCAAACUGCAGUUAUUCAGUCAACAAAGCUAUAUUGAAAUUAAACUUUCACAACCUGAAGGAUCAGGUGUAACAAGUUAUGUUGCUAGUAGUGGCACUGAGAUUAUCUGUUGCGUUGACACAAGUGGUUCAAUGGCUGGUAGUCCUAUACAUAAUGUUUGCGAAGUUUUACGUGAUAUUUAUCAACGUACACAAAAAGAUCAUCGUCUAUUUACGUAUAAUACACAGGCAGAUACAAAACGUACGUUAAAAAUCUUAUCAGAACAAAAAGAUGAUCUGAAAGCUGAUGGAGGUACGUCAUUCGCAUGCAUAUUUAAUGCAAUCAAAGAUUAUCUUCUGCAAAAUUCAUCAUCAAAGAAAGCAACAACUUUUAUAUUUAUGACCGAUGGACAGGAUAAUGAACCCAAUGGUUCACAGCUGAAGAAAAGUAUCGAGAUGCUAAAAUUGGUUUUAAGCGCAAUGAAAAAUUCUCCUCCUAUUACAUUUCAUGUUAUUGGUUUCGGUGAAGUUAACGAUCAAUUCCUCAAUCAAAUACGAACCUUUGGUACACGUCAAGGUCUCUUUCGUUAUUCAACACAAUCAAAAGAAUUACAAAAUAAUUUUAAUGAUAUGUUUGAAUAUGCAUUGAAUAUACGAGAAUAUAUUGUUAAAUUUUCCAAUGGUAAAACUUAUACUGUAAAUAACAUUGAUAAUGAAACAAUUGGUUUUCUAACUGAUGAUGGUGAUGACCUUAGUGCUAUAAAAGAGUUAUCACUAACUGAUGAUACGAAAAUGACGAUAAACUUUUCUUUAACACAAAAGCAAAACGCUCGUCCUAUAGAUCUUUUACGUGCUCUCAACCUUGUUUCACCAC